UCUCCCCUUUUUGUUUCGAAGAAAACCCCAAAAAAAAUUCCAAAAAAAAAAAAAGAAAAAAUAAUAAUCUUAGAAUCGAAACCCUAGUUUCGAUCAGGAACCCGAGAGCCUAGACCUCUCCAUUGUUGGUGGUUUGAUCGUAUUCGGCGGGUUGAUCUUGCGAUGGCGGCAGCGACUCAGUCACCGGCGGUUCAGACACCGCAGUCGCUUUCUCCGGUGGCGGUGCAGCAGUCCACGGCGAUGACGGGACAUACUGCGGCGGCAGGAUUCGCCAAUGCGUCUCUGUACGUGGGCGAUCUCGACACUGCCAUCGGCGAAGGACAACUGUACGAUCUGUUCCAGCAGGUUGCGCCGGUGUUGUCCAUUAGGGUUUGUAGGGAUCAGGCGAGGCGGGCCUCCCUUGGCUAUGCGUACGUGAAUUUCGCAAGCCCUCAGGAUGCUACUAAUGCUUUGGAGCUUUUGAAUUUCACACCUCUCAAUGGGAAACCUAUCCGGAUUAUGUUCUCUCAUCGUGAUCCUAGUAUUCGAAAAAGUGGCUUUGCCAAUGUUUUUAUUAAAAACUUGGACCCCUCAAUAGAUAACAAGGCAUUGCUUGAUACAUUUGCUGCCUUUGGCACUGUACUCUCUUGCAAAAUAGCCCUUGACAACAAUGGUCAAUCCAAAGGAUAUGGAUUUGUACAGUUUGAGCAGGAGGAGGCUGCCCAAAAUGCAAUCAAACGGUUGAAUGGCAUGUUAAUAAAUGAUAAACAAGUUUAUGUUGGACUUUUCGUUCGUCACCAAGAAAGGAACCGAGGAAAUGGUUCACCAAAGUUUACUAAUGUGUAUGUGAAAAAUUUGUCUGAAACAACCACUGAUGAUGACCUUAAAAACAUUUUUGGAAAGUUUGGUUCCAUCACUAGUGCUGUUGUUAUGAGGGAUGCAAGUGGGAUGUCCAAAUGUUUUGGUUUUGUAAACUUCCAGAGCUCAGAUUCUGCUGCUGCUGCAGUUGAGCAUCUGAAUGGUGCCACUUUCAAUGAUGACAAGGUCUGGUACGUGGGGAAGGCUCAAAGGAAAUCAGAGAGGGAGGCUGAGUUGAGAGCAAAAUUUGAACAGGAAAGAAAGAAUAAAUUUGAAAAAUUUAAAGGUGCUAAUUUGUAUCUGAAAAAUCUUGAUGAUAGCGUAAAUGAUGAAAAACUGAAAGAGCUAUUUUCUGAGUUUGGAACUAUAACGUCAUGCAAGGUCAUGCUAGAUCCACAAGGGCUCAGCAAAGGCUCUGGUUUUGUUGCCUUUUUAACCCCUGAGGAAGCUACCAGAGCUUUAAAUGUGAUGAAUGGAAAGAUGAUUGGACGCAAACCUCUGUAUGUUGCUGUGGCCCAACGGAAAGAGGAAAGGAAGGCCCGCCUGCAGGCGCAAUUUGCUCAAAUCCGAUCACCUGGGGCACUGACACCCUUGCAAUCUGGAGUGCCUGGAUUUCAUUCUGGGGCACCUAGACUUGCCCCUCAGCAGCUCUAUUUUGGUCAAGGUACUCCUGGUCUAAUACCCACUCAGCCAGCAGGGUAUGGAUUCCAGCAGCAACUCAUGCCUGGAAUGCGGCCUGGUGUUGCACCAAACUUCAUUAUGCCAUACCAGCUUCAGAGGCAAGGACAGCCUGGACAACGGAUGGGUGUAAGGAGAGGUGGGAACUCCCAACAGAUGCAGCAUCAGCAACAGCCAUUGCUGCACCGAAACUCCAAUCAAAGCUAUCGGUACAUGGCAAAUGGACGGAAUGGAGUGGACCCAUCCAUGGUUCCUCAAGGCCUCAUGGGGCCAGUGAUGCCAUUACCUUUUGAUGUUUCUGGGAUGCCUGUUUCUCCUAUGGACAUUCAGCGAACUGGGCCAGUGCCUAUGUCAACACUUGCAUCUGCUCUUGCUUCUACUACCCCCGAUAAUCAGCGACUGAUGUUGGGUGAACAGUUGUUUCCUCUUGUGGAGCGUAUUGAACGUGAAACUGCAGGAAAAGUGACUGGGAUGUUGCUAGAGAUGGACCAAACAGAGGUGCUCCAUCUCAUUGAGUCUCCUGAUGCUCUGAAGAUCAAAGUGGCUGAGGCUAUGGAAGUCCUUCGUGCAUCUUCAUCAGGAAAUGAUGUUGGUGAUCAGCUUGGCUCGUUGACGCUCAAUGAAUGAAGUGACUCAUAUUUAUUGGUAUACAUGCAAAUUGCGACAGGGGCCCCAGUUUUUAUAGGGCUUGAUUGAUAAGGGAAGGAUUUUUAUUUUUAUUUUUUAUAAUUUUUGGGAGUGUUGUCUAGAAAAUUCUCUAGGAACUGUUCUGGAUGGUAGUGUUAUAUCGAGCACAGCUUGAUUGGUGGAUUUUUUUUUUUUUUUUUUUUUGUCCAUUUUUAGGCUCUUUUGACUUGGUAUGGAAAGGGGGGUUAUGGAUUUGUUUUUGGGAUAAUUGGGGAUUUGAAAGCUGCAAGGAUUUUAGGACAUCUAUUUGUCAUAAAGCCCAUUUCUUUUAGAAUAUUGUCAUUGACCAAUUUUAUUUCAGACUUAUAGGAGUUAUUUUUUGUA